AUGGAUUUUCAAACUGAGAAAGAAGGAUAUUGCGCAACAUCGUGGAUUUCGAAAGUCAAAGUGUUGUCAAAAGAAACCGACGGACUUGGAUUGAUGAUGUCAUACCGAUUAGAACAUUUGAAAGUUAUCAAGGCACCAGAGAACAUCACUUUACCUGAGAUUAUGAAUACAGCAACACAAGAGAGUGCUUGUGGACAAACUGGAUUCAAAGUCGGAAAGCAAUAUAUAUUUGGAGGAUCCGCUGCCAACAAUGACUCUCUUCUGAUCACAUUCUGUGAUUGGCGUGUUCCUUUGAAAUAUAUCGAUGAGCCAAAACUCGAAAUGAAACCAACUUGGAAGAAGUUCGUGGACUCCAUCGGAAAGUGUCCAACGCCGCCGAGUCGUUCGUGA